CAGGUUUCUGCAGCCAAUGGGAAGUCGGCGCGGCGCGCGCCCCCAGGGCUAUAAGCGCGCGCGGGCGGCGGAAAGUGAAAGUGGGGCGGCGGCCGCAGGCGCAGCAGCUGGUCAGAGUCCUGGGUGCAGCCGAACCAGCAGGAUGCUCAGGGCUCCGGAGCCGCGGCCCGGGCAGGCGGGGGCGGUCACCCAUGCCAGGCCGCUCACCUCCUUCCUCAUCCAGGACAUCCUGCGGGACAGCAGCGAGCGGCGCGACAGCCACACAGGCAGCCCGCAGCCCCGGCCCCCGCACCUACGGGCCGCAGGGCGACACCCAGAGUCGGAGCCGCAGGGGAGAAGAGAGGACGCUGGAGCGCGGAAGGAUGAUCCGAUCCCUCAACCGGGCGCUGCGCCCUGGGAGGCCGAGUCGCCGGCGGAGACGGAGCCAGAUAGGCACUUGGAGACUUACCUGUUGGACUGUGAAAACAUUUCAGCCACCUCCCCAAGCUUGCCCCAAGCUCCCAAGCAGCCACAGAAGCGCUCCCGCGCUGCCUUCUCCCACACCCAGGUCGUUGAAUUAGAGAGGAAGUUCAGCCACCAGAAGUACCUGUCAGCCCCUGAAAGGGCUCACCUGGCCAGGAACCUCAAGCUCACCGAGACCCAGGUGAAAAUAUGGUUCCAGAACAGACGCUAUAAGACCAAGCGAAAGCAGCUCACCUCAGACCUGGGCGGCCUGGAGAAGCAUGCCUCCUUGCCAGCCCUGAAAGAGGAGGGGUUCUCCCGGGCCCCCUUCCUCUCCGUGUACCACAGCUAUCCUCACUACCCCUACCUGUACUGCUGGGGAAGCUGGCACCCGGCUUUCUGGUAGCUGCUAGCUCAGACAACAGCCACCCACGUGUGAUCCAAAACUGCCUUCCCCAGGCGGUCUUUCCACAAGUCCAGAGGGGCCAGGGCCAGGGAGGGCUGGGGAGCAAGAGGCAUGCAGACCAAAACUGCUGGAGGUUUGCAUGGAAAUUCCAGAGUCUUCACUGGUGGGCCAGGGGAAGAUCUGGACCAGUGAGUAAUUUAGUAUCCAAACAGUUCCCCCAACAGAUGACGUAGGUCAUUUUUCUUUUAGAGACCUGUUUGAAGUGGAGAGGGGUAAAGUCAAGUGCUGGAAACCACUUGACUUUGAUUUUGUACGAGCGGUCCACAGCACUUCUGAGGAUUUCGUUCCUGUAAUUUUGUUCUCUGAUGUAACCAAGCUAUGACUCCGAAAGACCAAACCUGAGAAAAGACAGCCAAGAUAAGGAUGUCACCUACUGAAUUAGAUUUAAGUUCAAAAGCCUCGUUGGCUUUGGAAUAUGACCAAGGUUUGUCUUUGUCCCUGUGCGAGAGGGAAGUAGAGGAUCUCGCUGACAACCGGUCACACUCAGCGAACUCUGUCUUAGGCUAUAGAGAUGGGUAGGAGGACAUGAAAAUAUAAGCUGCUUCUUAUUCCUUUUUCAAGAGUACACCAAUUUAAGUAUUUGCAGUGUGGCCCAAGUAAACCAAGAAGCACUCACUGUGGCUUUAAGACAAGCUGUAUAAACAGAACACUACUGUAAGAAGUGGGCUUAGGCCAGAUGAGUCUCCGUAUGUCCAAGAUGGAAGCCAAAGGAAAAGUCUCCACACUGCUGCUGGGGACACUGCAAUUUUAUUAGCAAAAGGUAUUUAAAAACAAACAAACAACAACAAAAAACCUCUUCUGGAUCUUUUGCCCUGUGCUUGAGAAUUUAGAAUGAGAAGGCUCCUGGAGUUCUCAGGUCAUGCAAUGCAGACUGCAUCAUGACAGAUCACACAAUUAAUUCUUUACACGCCUUCCUUAUAUUUUUUGUUCCUUUUCCACAGCAAUCACCCACAGAAUGAAUGGCUUCUUUUCAGUCCAGACUUUUAGUCUGGCUGCACCUAACAUAUGUCUUCCUUAUUUAGCCUGAGAUCUGGUCUAUUUUUGCCCCCCAAACUUUAUCUUUCCUGGGUUAAAAAAAGGGGGGAGGCCAGAUUCUGAAUUGGCCAAAAGACAUGCAUUUUUUGGUAUCUAACAAUUCUUAUUUUUUUUCUUUUAAAAAUACACAGCAUUAAAUCCCAAGUCCUAUUUAAAGAUUUGACAGCUCCAGAAGGUCACUGCUGCUUUUAUAGGACUUUCUGGUGGCUGUUGUUACAGUUCAAAGUCUGACAAUUCUUUGGGAUCCCUGCAGGCAGAGGAGGUAGGAAGAGUGGCUUUCACACACAAGGGAAAACAGUGCAAAUGCAGGAUCAGUACUCGGUACCAUUGAGCUGUUCAGUGGAAAUUGAGGGCUCAGGGGCAGGUGGGGAAGAAAAGGUGGCCUGGGCAUUAAAGAGCCCAGUCCUUGAUCAAGCCAAUGGGCCUAGAGCACUUUGCAGGAAGAAGCUAAGAAAAAAGAAACAGUUUUCAAAACACAACAUCGUUGUGACUUCCAUUACAAAGCAAACAAAAUCUGUCUAAAUGCUUUGGGAACUGUGUUUAAUGCCUAUUAAAAAAAAACCAGGUCCCCCAAAUGAGACACCUUGUGACUUCAGAGAGGAGAGUGCGAAGAAGACGUGUGUCCACUGUUCGGUUUUCGCCCUGUUGUGUCAGGUGACCUGGGAGAGGGAGACAUCGGAAUGAGGAAAACCAGCUACUAAUGAGGUGCUGAGGCCUGGAAAUCUCUUGAUCCCAUCACUUAAUUCUCUUUAGUGAGAAACCUUUCGAUUUCCUCCUAUUAAAAGGGCCAAUUUACUGUUGGUGGCAAAACCGCCAAAGUAGACAGAAAGCUGGCCUGUUUCACCCCACUUUCUAUCGUUUGGGCUCCACGUUGAAAUAUUGUAAAAUACCCUGUGCUGCUCACACUUCUCGGGAUGUAGAAGGCAGCAUAGCCCAAAUCUCUUUCUUCUGUUCACGUGUCUGGUGAGACAGUGCUCAGUGCUCAUUCUCCGCUCAGUGCCCUUUCUCUCCCCACCUUCUAAAUUUAAUUCUUACAACCUGCAGUUCUGCAAGCAUUAAACAUUUGACUGUGCUAUGUAUUGUGUUACAAAAAAAAAAUAAAAGUCUUUGAUUAAAAUGACUUGGUUUGUGCAUCCAUCUUGCCUUUCCCUCGUUGGAACUAGUCACUCAGCUGUCUGAACUGGCAGAACAUUUGAAGAGCUGGUGUGCGGUGUCCAAGGGGGAGCUGGAGGGCACCCCAGACCGUGCCACCCCCGUCCUGUUUUCCAUCCUGUUUAAUAAGUUAGUUGGGGUUCUCUACAUGUGUAACAAACUCUGCUUCAAUCUGUAGCAUAUCUAGGCCCGUGACUUGAAGUUUAAUAAACUAUCCCGACCAAACUUUAUUUUUCUAUGUACUUUUUGCAACAUGAGUGUUUUUAAAAUAAAGGACUGUGUCUGUAUUAGACAUA